CGCCUCUUGUGGUCGUUUUACCCGCGGCUCUGCUCGUCUGCCUGGGCGCCUUCUCGAUAUUCCGCCUUUUUCUUUCGCUUCGUUUUUUUUUUUUUUUACUGUAAAGACAACAUGGCGUUGCACCCCAAAGCGGCACCUCUGCAGAUACCAGACACACGCAAAGAACUAACAGAGUUGGUCAAGAGGAAACAGGAGCUUGCGGAAACCCUGGCAAACUUGGAAAGACAAAUCUAUGCAUUUGAAGGGAGUUACCUGGAAGAUACCCAGAUGUAUGGGAACAUCAUCAGGGGAUGGGAUCGGUACCUGACCAACCAAAAGAACUGCAACAGUAAAAACGACAGAAGGAACAGAAAAUUUAAAGAAGCAGAGCGCCUCUUCAGCAAGUCAUCCGUUACAUCAGUAGCUGCCGUCAGUGCUUUAGGUGGCAUACAAGACCAGCUAAUUGAAAAACGUGAACCAGGAAGUGGGACAGAAAGUGAGAAUUCCCCAGACUUUCAGAACCAGGAGAAUGAGCCUAGCCAGGAAGACACAGAAGACUUGGAUGGAUCUCUCCAAGCAGUGAAACCACAGAAAGCUGCUUCGUCCUCAUCCGGCAGUCACCACGGCAGCCAUAAGAAAAGAAAGAACAAAAACCGGCAUAGCCCAUCUGACAUGUUUGAUUAUGACUUUGAGAUCGACUUGAAGAUGAACAAGAAGCCAAGAGCUGAAUAUUAAAGGAUUUGAUCCCAGUGAAAUGUUGCAAGAAGCUGGACCUCGAGUGUGCGACCUGUUGCAAGCCAGGAAUCGGCGGGUGCCAGGUGUGGCAAGCAGGACAAUUCAAUUCUCUGUUGUACAAUAUUGUGGAAAAAGUUUUGCCCUUCCCCUCACUUUCCGUAAUGCUUUUUACCAUGACUUUCACCAGGCUUUGAAUAGCUUUCUGCAUUGAGUGCAUUAUGCAUACAGCAUCAAACUUUGUCUCUGUAUAGUUUAUUUUAAAGUGUAUUGGACAAAGCAGAUUCCUGUGGUGUUACCUGCCAGAUCUAUUGAGCGUUCUGUGUGUACCAACGAGAUUCUCUUUGUGAGAAACUUCAUUGCAUGGAUUAGCUGACUCUGGAUAGCAGCAUUUUGUUGUAUUUGUUGUUGCUGUUAACGUCUAGCUGUUUAGCGUUCAUUUUGUCACCAUAGCCCACAAAAGUUAGAUCUGUAUAUUUAAUUUUGUUGUGAUUUGAGAAAUAUUAUAAAAUCAGUAGAUGCAACAACAUUUUUUUUUUUGUAAUUUCUUUUUUUACUGAAGUUUACCGUUUCUACAAAACUAAAUUAAAA